AUGGGGUCUUAUGAAGGAUUUUCUGUGUAUUUUCAAAGGAUUCAAUCACAAGCAAUCGACUCCGAAGGUCCAUACCGGCUGCUUUCUUGUUCAAGCAAGGGUGACAAAGCUGGAGUGUUGCAGGAGUUAGAAAAAGGUGUGGAACCCAAUCUGGCCGAUUAUGAUAAGAGAACAGCUCUUCAUUUGGCGUCUUGUGAAGGCUGUACAGAGGUUGUGAUACUACUUCUUGAGAAAGGAGCAGAUGUGAAUUCUAUUGAUCGCUGGGGUCGCACUUUGACAUUAGAAAAUCUUCAGCCUCUGUCAGAUGCUCGUAGCUUUGGUCACGAAGGUAUUUGCAAGAUUUUGGAAGCUCGAGGCGGAAUAGAUCCGGUAGGACUUGACUCCCAGACUGCGUGCUAUGAGAUUGAUUACUCUGAAGUGGGCAUGGAUGAUGCAAUACUCAUUGGAGAAAUCAAGAAGGCAUUGCAGGGAUCAUAUGGUGAAGUUUACUUAGUCAAAUGGCGUGGUACAGAAGUAGCAGCAAAGACGAUCCGUUCCUCCAUUGCAUCAGAUCCAAGGGUGAGGAAUACCUUUCUGAAGGAACUGGGGCUGUGGCAAAAGUUGCGCCACCCUAAUAUAGUGCAGUUCCUUGGUGUUCUAAAGCACUCCGAUCGGUUGAUCUUCCUGACGGAGUACCUUCGCGAUGUGGGUUAUCCAAUUUUCAAUCAUGACUGGACCUUUUUGGGAAGUUUGUAUGACAUCCUAAAACGGAAGGGAAGACUUGAUCAGGAAACAGCAGUUUCGUAUGCUUUAGAUAUUGCAAGGAAUGUGUUACAAGAUGAGUCUGGACACCUUAAGGUUACAGACUUCGGCUUAAGCAAAAUUGCACAGGAAAAGGAUGACCAAGGUUACAUGAUGACUGGAGGAACAGGUUCAUAUCGCUACAUGGCACCUGAGGUAUAUCGUCGAGAAUCCUAUGGGAAAAGUGUUGAUGUCUUCUCCUUUGCCCUCAUAGUACAUGAGAUCUUCCAAGGAGGGCCAUCAAAUAGAACAGCACUCCCUGAGCAUAUUGCAGACAAGCGGGCAUUUGAAGAUGCUCGACCAUCUCUAUCCUCAUUUGUUUACCCAGAUCCAAUUAAGAUGCUUCUUCGAGAGUGUUGGCACAAGAAUCCUGAAAGUCGACCAACAUUUGAAGAGAUAAUAUCAAAGCUAGAGUCGAUCCAGGAGAGUUUCCAAAGCAAGAAAGACGCAGGGGGCUGUUGUUCCUGUUGCAUCUUAUAG